CAGAAGAAACUAAUGGCAAGCCGGAGCGACAGCCUCGUCCGAAUGCCUGUCGCCGAGGAAGAGGAAGAAGGACGCACCGCGGAGGCGGCGCCUGAGGAGUUCCUGAACCGCUUUGUCCGUGUUGUGGCGUUCCUGGAGAGAGCUGGCAACGGCUUCGGCACGCUGGCCUUCACCUGGGCCACCGUCGUCCUGCUUGGCGGCUUCUCCACCAUGCUCAAGAGCUCGGACUUCAUCUGCGCAACCUUCCUCGUCUUCCUAGAAGCAGCAAGGAUAUUCAGUCAGAACACCAGAAUGGAGUGCCAAUUCUUCUUCCGCACCAGGGAUGCUUUCAGGUUUCCUCGCAUGAACAGGUUGUUUCGGAUCAUAUGCAUCAUCGAUGUUCUAGUAUUCCUCACGGCAAAAUACAAGAACGGUGUCGCCUUAGUGGUUUUCGGCCCUCGUUGGAAUGCAGCAGUAGCAGCAGCUUCACAGCACUUCAAAGUGAACAGCGCCGCCGUCAGUAUUAUGCAGACCAUACAGUUCCAAAUCCUGGCUGUAACCAUCUACCUGUUUAUCAUCGUCAAGCUUCUGUCUCCAGUGGCUCUGAACCUGUUUUGGAAUCCACGCCGCCGCGCUGAAUUGGUAUGGAGCCCACUGUUUGCAAUCCUAUUGCUAGGCCCCUGUCUGUACCUGGAAACAGCAAUUCCCAAAGGCAAGUUGCAUAUGCCAAGAAUCUUUUUCAUACCUCUUCUAGCAGCAGCGCUUGUAGUCACAAUCAGCAAGUUGAAGUUUCGAAGGAUCACCAUGCUAGUGAACAGUCCUACUGGCCGCAAAGUGCUAUGCAUGCGUCCAGCAAUACUGAUCAUCCUCAUGUUCGCUGCAAUAGUCAUUUUGUGGAACAUAUCUGAAAACCCUGGAUACUUCAUGGCCAUUUUCCUCUUCUAUGCUUUGGUGAUAGAGUCGUUUGGCAACCUGCAGAUACCGGCAGCUUGUGCACGUGUUGUGCUCGGACUGCUGGCCCUGGUAAAAAUUCAAUAUGGAAAGAGCAACUUUGCUACUGGUACUUCAGAAGAUACCCAGAAGAAUUUCAUUUUAUCGCGACGUCUUUUCUAUAUAAUGGUGCUGCUCGAAGGGGCACUCUGCAUUGUGGCCUGCAUUGCUGAGAUCUUUUCAUCCAUUCCUCGGAAAUUAUUGGUCCAUCGGAGUGGGCUCCGAAAUUGGUGGGGCGAGAAAUGCAUCGACAUGUACUACUCUUAUAUCUUUGAGCAAUACAUUGCACGGGGUGUGCUUGCUCCAAGGAUCAUGCAACUGACCAGCUUCGCCAUGGAUCUCACAAACUCAACCUCAGACGGCAAUCAGCUCUGUGGGGUUCGGAUGCUGCACAGUUUUCUGCAAAGGGAACCUUCCAAGACGUUACUCCUCUCGAGACUCAGCACCUCCACAAAGACAGUACACACAUUGAUCAACAUAUUGGGCUGGGCAAGUCCAGAAGAUGCAGUAAUCAGAUUAUAUUCUGCAAAGGUCAUCAACGAUCUUGCAAAGACCCUCCAAGUUGAUGCGAUCCAUGGGUCAAUGCAGAACAUAUCUUCACUUCUGGGCACUGAUAACCGACUGGAAAGACAAAAUCCACUUCUGUACACAUAUGACAGCCAAGACGGAAGACGGGACACAAUACUAGAUACAGGUGAUAACCAAGAGCAUAGACAAGACCCAUCUUUGCACACCAGUAACAGAGAGAAUUCCAGGAUACUCGGAUGUUGGCAAUGGAUGAAAAAAUACUGUUCAAUUCAAGAGACGUGCACAGAUCAGUACCUCCUCCCUGUACUUGGCAUGUCAAUUCUUGAGAUGCUUGCAGAUUGUGAUCCUGGUAAUUGUGUGGAAAUCAGCAGAACAGCUGACCUCAUCUCAAAGAUCAUAGGCUAUACUAGUAAGACGCAGGAGAAAAUACUGAAAGAGUCAUCACUAAAGUUGAUGAGGAGGCUCUCAAACACUGGUGGAGAGAUCGGUGUAACACUACGGAAGAAGAUGACAGAACAUCCCUUUCUGUUGAAAAACCUCGCAGACGUAUUGGAUGACAUUGAAGGCACCCAAGAGCUGAGAAAGCUGGCAACAGAGAUCCUCAGAAACCUUGCCGUUGAUCGCAACACAAGGCAGGAGAUUGGACGCAUCGGGGAAAUCACUAGCAGGUUGCUCCAUGCAUUUCUUGCCUGGCAUGCACCGUCUUCAGAUCGAUCACUACAAAUAAUUUCUGGUCAAGCACUUGCCUUUUCGGCAAUGGAGAGUGUUAAUAACUGCUCAGUUAUGUUGAAAGAACCAGGGUAUGCAUUCAUUCAGAAACUCACCGCCAUGAUUCAAGAUGACAGGUACAACAGAUAUGUGGCUGCAAGUAUCUUGAGAAAUCUGUGCCUGCAUGCCCGACCCAAGCUCAGCAAUUCGGACCUAGCAGAACUAUCUCAUUUCGUGCGAAAGGUGUUGGAAAUAAUAAUUGAAACCGAGGAGGCAGGAGAAAUAGAUAUCCUUAUUAGCCUUAGUUCGCAAAUAUGUAUCUUUCUUCCUGAAGAAUUUUCUCGAGAACUAGAGCAUGGUCAAGUACAGGACAGAUUUGUGAAGAAGCUGGUCAAGGCAUUGAAUGCAAAUAUGAAACCCACUGCUCAUUUUCCUGGGAUCCGGAGGGUGAUUAUGGAGCAAGUCAUAUGUAUGAUGGACUUGCACAACAGUUCUAGGUAUGCAAAAAAACUCAGUGAAUGCUGGAUGAUGGAAGCACUCUUGAUGGUAGAAGAGACGCCUUCAACGGUUGAAAACUACAUGCUCUUCUUCGGGAAUGCAGGAGUCAUGGAGCAUGACAUACCACUCUCCAGUCUCGUGGCUAGAGCAAAAGAAGAAUUAAUGCGUCGGGUGCCCUGAUUGAUCAUGAAGGAUGAAGCAUCAACAUUCAACAUCAUUGUUGCAAAAAAAAAAUUCAACAUUGUCAACUAGCAAUUAUGUAGGUGUAGGUGAUAUGUGAGGGUCCGUUGACCGUGCAAAUUCUAUAGAUGCCACUUUGGCUUCAGUUUUCCCUGUUGGAAUGCUUGGUGUGUGCCUAUAAUUCAGCUUGUGUUUGACUAGAACCUGAGAUGAUCAUAUGCAUACGAGCUUAUGUUUUGCCAUCUGCUACAGUUCCGGAAAUCUGGUCGAUAAUUGGAUCCAUCGCAAUAAGCUGUGCAUGAUACAAGUAAUAACAGAAGUUUGAGUCAGAUUUUUUCAUGUUCUCUCUCUGUUUUGCCAGAUUUGGAUUCAACCAGAAGGAAAACAACUCUGCGCUGCAUUUAGCAAUCUAAGGAAGCUAUCUUUACACGGUACCUUUGUUGAAUUCGACCUGUUAAUCUGUUAUGGACGAUAGUUUUUCUUGAAGCUGUGCCACACCUCCAGAUAUUUGAUAUUGAGGUAUGGGAACAUCCAUGCGAGAUCGAGGGUGUGAGUAUUUUCGAAAGAGUAGAUCUUCGUGGAAGUUGUUUGAAUUGACAAGCUCCUGUAACUCUUUUUUGAAAGAGCUCCAAAUUAUUGGCUUUAGGCCACUAGAGCAGCAGCUGACAUUUAUAAAAGCUGUGAUGAAACGGGUUCCCAACUUGGGCACAGUUGUUCUGAAAUAUGAUGACCCUUGCAAGGACUGUGAAACCAUAGGCAUUUUCUCGCCUCGUCCUUCAAAGGAAUGCAUAUUCCCGACGAACAGGGAUGAGCAAGACAUGGUGGUGAAGCUAAUCAGAGACAGCGUAUCAUCCCCUGCCAAGAUAAUUUUUGCACU